AUGAGGGACGAAGGAAGAGCAAUUGCUGAGGAAAUGAAGGCCAAGGGCAACGAAGGAACGGGAGAAGGUCAGAGGAAUCAAGGCGAAUUGGUGGCGGAGCAAAUUUUCCGAUCAAAAAUGGCGGCGACUGAAGACGGGGCUGACUUGAGGACCUUUCUUAGUUUGAUGGAGCAAGAGUUUCGAGAAAUGAAAAUUUCGGAGGACCAAUGGGGUUUAUUGGUGAGAAAGUACCUAAUUGGACGGGCGGUUAAGCAAUGGGAUUAUAUAUAUCGAUCCGGUAUAGAUAUGACUAAUUGGUCCCUGGUGCGUGAAAGGCUUUGUGAGAGGUUCCGCGUUCUACCACGGGAAAGUAUGAUAUCUAAAAUGAAGGAAAAUGUAUGGAAAGGGGACUAUAACGAGUAUACGAACGCGUUUACAGAUAUAGUGAUUACAGGAGAAGAGAUGCCCGAAGAAGAAUUGGCUAUAUUUUUCUUAGCGGGAUUGCCUGAGGACAUAGGAGAUAGGUUGACGAAGCGAGGGAAGAGGGAAUUCCCGACGUGGCACGAAGCAGCAAAGGCGUUAAGAGAGUACGUUGUUCCAAUGAAUGCGUGGCGAACCAAGAGAAAACGCGCAGUGCGGGAAAUGCAGAGUAUGGAAGGACUAAUGUGUCCGGCAGAAGGCAAUACCAAGGCAGAGGGAGAGAAGAAUGCGGGAAAAGCGGAAGGCACGAAUGGUAUAACGCGAAGGGUUACACCAUCUGUUAGAGUAGCGACAGACGGGGAACGGGACGUAAUACGAUCAUUAUGCAAGAGACUGUGCGACUGCGAGACGAAUAACGGUAGGAAGCCAGAGAGUAAAUAUGGGAGCGAGUAUGGAGACGAGAGAGGGAGUCAAUCGGUCAAACGAGAAGGCCUAGGUGCUGAAGGAGAUGAGUGUCCUAGGCCAGAACUUAGUGGCAAGGGGAUGCAGGUGGUUACAAACCCAAACGCCAUAAAGAUCUCCAGCCCUAUCAUACGAAGCGAUCGAGCGGUAGUGACGAGCGAAGUAAAUGGGAACGAAGUGAUAAAGCGCAGAGGGAGGUACGUGAUGCUGAUGAACGGAAACGGAGAACCACCUAACGGGAACGGGAUUGGAACGGAUGAGAGUGAACGGGGGGAGCUGAGCGAGGAAGCCGGGGCGUUAGUCGGAGAAGAGAUGAUCCUACCGUCUUGGUUGUGGGAGCAAGAUGGGCGAGCGAACCCGCAUGGUACGUUGUGCAGAGUCUGUAGCGGUGGGAGAACGGCGGUGCUGCAGUUGGAGAUAACAGGGUAUCCAUGUGAAGGGCUACUGGACACGGGGGCAUCAAGGAGUUUUAUUCAACCAACGGUUGUAGAAAGGUUGGGGCUAAGAACGAGAGCACUGUCAGAGGAGUAUUUCUUCACGGUAGCAAACGGGGAAAUUAUUAAGAUACAUAGAGAAGUGCCGCGACUUGCCAUAAUUUGCGGAGGCGAAUGUUUCACGGGAAAUUUUCUUGUAGGACAGGUGCCAUAUGCGGUGAUUUUAGGAAUUGAUUGGCUAGAUAGGUACAAGGUAGCGUGGUUUUUCGGAUCGGAUAAGCUGAGAACGUAUGUAAAGGGCAAGGUGUGCGAUUUACCUGUGUUGCGAAAAGAGGGAGAAAGACCCACGGAAAUUACGGGAAAGGGUGAUACUGACAAAACCGAGGCAGACCUGGCAUAUGAGGAGUUAGCGAAGCAAGUAGCGAGAAUGACAACGGAGGAGGCUGCAGUGUUCGUACGUGCACCGAGCAAGCGUUAUAAAGCGAAGCAUAGGAAGACGGGAAGGAUAAGAAUAAGGGAGCUUAUCGAUCAGGCUAGGGAAAACGCUAAGGAAUUGAAAGGAGUGAUACAAGGAUUAAACUGCAUUGUUGAAUUGCCCGAAACAGAGGUUGACCUAGGUCAGCGAAGAACAGUGAUGAAACAAGGACACAUAAUAGGAGCAAUGGUACAACAAAUAGGGAAUACCAGGGAGAGGGCUGCGAAAGGACCAGGGAAACCGAAAGACUUUGAGGACAAGGAAGACUCACCAUGGUCUAGGGCUACUCUGGAAUUUACGGAAUUUGACAAAUGGAUUGUGGGUGAAGAGGCACAAGCUAUACCAGCGCAAGUGGUUCAACUGUUAAGAAAGUAUCGGACUUUAUUUCCUGAUAACUUACCCGAUGGGUUACCUCCCAGAAGACCCUUCGAUCACAGAAUUCUCCUAAUUCCAGGGAAGUUACCUACCAAAGCGCCUAUUUACAAAAUGCCUCCUGAUCACCUGAUGUAUCACGCGAAGGAAAUAGAACGACUUUGUGCAAAGGGUUGGAUAGGACCGACCUACUCACCUAUCUGUGCACCGACGAUUAUGGUGGGCAAAAGAGAUGACGGGUCUGGGGAGCGGAAAAUGCGUAUGGUAGUAAAUUAUCAGGCGCUGAAUGCAUUAACUAUUGCAACUGAGUUUCCUAUGCCGUGCGUGCAAACCGUAAUAGAGAUGCUAGGAGGGGCCUCUUACUUCUCAACGCUGGAUCUGGAAGCGGGGUUUCAUCAGAUAAGAAUGGCUAAGGAAGAUAGAUGGAAGACAGCAUUCAGAUCAAUACAAGGAUUGUUCGAAUAUAAGGUCAUGCCAUUUGGUUUGAAGGGAGCGCCAGCAACAUUUCAAGCUAAUAUAAACGCGUAUUUGCAACCCUUGUUAGGACAUGGGGUGAUUGCUUAUAUUGAUGAUGUCCUAAUCUAUAGUAAAACAUUAGAAGAGCACCUUCAGGUGUUACAGCAAGUCUUCGAAAUCUUUCUUAAGAAUCAAUUUUACCCCAAGUUAAGUAAAUGUAAAUUCGCUCAACGGGAGUUAACCUACCUCGGCUAUACGAUAGGUGCGGAUGGAAUAAAACCGGCAGCUGAUAAAGUGGAGGCUAUUAACCUAUGGCCGGAAGACCUUACCAACGAGACUCAGGUGCGACAGUUUUUAGGCACGGUCAACUACUGCAGAAUGUUCAUGGGGCCGCGAUACGCAGAUCUCGCGCGACCCCUAGUAGACCUCACGCCGCGAUGGUUGGAUUUCCUGGCGGAGUUCCCAAAGCUGAAGAUUACCUAUUUACAAGGAGCCAGCAAUAAGGUCGCGGACGCGAUGUCUAGACAUCCCUUACUUUCGGGCGAUGAUGGGGCGGAGCUACAAGGAGCUAGCAAUAAGGUCGCGGACGCGAUGUCUAGGCAUCCCUUACUUUCGGGCGAUGAUGGGGCGGAGGUCGGCUUCAAGCGGUCAGAGAAGGGAUGGAACGGAGCCUCAAAUUUCUUCGCGGGUUCCGGCAGAGAGUGUUGA